UUUCGCAGAAAAUCCCAUCGAGUAUAGAUCGCUAAUAAAUUCGAUGUAGUCCGCAAAGAUAAGAUAAAAACAAAGAAGUCGGGUGAGAAGAGAACUGGCAAAUAAUUAUAAAAUAAAAAGACCAUUUGUUAAAAGUGAAAAUAAGUGCAGAAAGAAAAAAAAAACGUAAAAAAAAUUUAAAUCGAAAGUGUACUUCUCACUGGCUAUAACAGAAAAGCAAAUUCCAAAUCAAUUAAAACUCACACUAUUGCUGCUCUACAUACAUAUAGAGAGUUAUCUGCUGAGCAGUAGAGUUACGCUUCAGUGUGAAAUUUCUGGGAGGGAAGAGUGGCGUCUGGUCUGACGGAGUCGUCGUUACAAAAUGUCGGAAGGUAGCCCAGUGCGUGCGCGACAAAAUUGCUGUCGCCUCUGCUUGGCACCGGGCAGUGAAUGUAUAUCCAUAUUAAACAGCUAUGCGGCGGACAAGGAACCGUUGGCUACUAAGAUACAGAACUGCGUCAGCAUCAAGAUAAAUCCCGAUGAUCAAUUAUCCCUACGCAUAUGUCAUGCGUGUAUCAGUUACCUGAAUUCCUGGCAGAGCUUCAAAAACCGUUGCAUCGGCUCACAGAAUAAACAACGCAAUUGGUUGGAUACAAAUAAGCGGCAGCAAUUGCUCGAUAACAAUGUGAGCAUAUCAACGAUUGGUGCAGAUGGCACCACACAACAUCAACAACACACCGAAGAGAAUGAAGCAGCGACAAGUUUGGCAUCGUCGAUUUUGGAUGGAAUUUCAUCGUUGAAGAAACGAAAAUCUUUAACUGUUUAUCCUCUACCAGCAGUCGACAUUAAGGACGAACCAAUAGAUCCCGAUGAUGAUUACAAUAAUAAACAGCAUGAUGAGUCCGAUGAUAUGGUUGAUCCCACACUUUUCUUAGAGCGCACCGAAGAGGAGGGCGAUGAGGCACUUAUGGAGCACAUGGCGUACCCAUAUGAACCGUCACCACCGCCACCGCCACGUCCACCUAUCGAACUUGCCGCACUCGUCGACACUAAGGAAGCCGCCUGUCGUGCUUGCAAUUUGAAGUUCUCUACACGCGCCAAUGCACGCCGACACGAGCGGAAUUUACAUCCCAAUCUCUUUGAACUGUCAACAUCAACAACAAAUAAUAUGCCUGUAACAAAACCUACACCUGCGCUAGCUGCCGCUUUGGAACUACAACGUGCCUCAGCUGCUGCAGUUGCCGCUGCGGAGGCGAAGAAAGCCGCUUCGGGUUUGAUAACGCCGCUCAAGUACCGCCAGGAGGUGGUGAAUGCCUUCAACAAAUGUGAAAUCGGCGGUUUCGAUUAUGAGCAUCCCGAGAAGUAUCAGCAUCAUUUGACAGAUGAGAAAAUCGUUUUCCUACAACAGAACGAUGAGUUCCUGCGUCAAUAUCAAAGUAUGACCUGUCGCUGCUGCAAUAAAACCUAUUCGACUUACAAGAAUUUCAUGGCACAUAUGCGUAAAAAAUAUCUAACAUUGCCGCGUAAUCUUUGCUUUAACUGCCUGAAAUUGAACGACUCGAAAGCAUUGUUCAUAUCGCAUUUGAAACGACGCAAUUGUAUAAAUCUCUACAAAGUAUUGCAUGCGUUAAUGGCGAAGGAUCAGAAUUUCGCCGCUGCAGUGACAGCCACGACAGCUGCGGUGCCUGAUAAGUUGCGCGCCAAAGAAUUGCUCGUGAAUAAAAUGUACGAAUGCAAAUUGUGUCCGAAGAAAUACCGUCUCAAGUUGGAGUUUCGCUCGCAUGUCUACGAUGAGCAUGCCGAUAUGCAACGCAAGGACACAAUGCAGAAACAAUGCUGCUAUUGUGGGCUGGAAUUAGAUGAUCCAGCUGAACGUAAACGUCAUUACAACAAUAUGGAUUGUAUUGUUUCGUUGCGUUGUGUUACAUGCGAUGCCAAAUUCGAUAAUCAUCAGAAAUUCCUCGAUCAUGUGUAUGAAAAGCAUUUGGCCGGCUUUGGUGAGCAACCGGCAACAACUACAUAUACCAUUAAUACCGACAAUUCGCCGGGUAAAAUAUCAAAAGGCUUGCGCACACUCCUAGAUACUGCCUCCACCGAUGAGUCGCGUAGUAGUCAUCAUGCUAGUUUCACAUCCUCACAACCGAAGUCAACAUAUUUUUCACGUAUGCCACAAGCGUGUCCGAUAUGUGAUCAACAGUACAAUAACUACAAUAAUGUGCUGCGUCACAUGGAAUCCAAACAUCCCGAUCAAUUGCCACAAACAUAUAAGUGUGUAAAAUGUGGCAUUGGCUAUCCACGGCUAUCUAAUUUGCGUGAGCAUAUGGUGAACGCCCAUUCUGCGGAUAAAGCACGUCAUACUGGUUUUGAGUAUAUCGUAAAUGCGGAUGCGGUGAAAAUUGCCUAUGGACCACAGCAGAAUGUCUACACGGGUCGUUAUGAUUAUGUGAUGAAGGAUUUAAUGUCGAUAACCAAUGGCGGUUCAAUUGCCGACGACGAUGAGAACUCCAGUGAAAAUGUAGCGAAAAAAAUGCGCACGGACAAUGGCGCGGCAGUGACAACCAGUACAGGCUCUGCGGGCGGCAGUGGCAACAUGUAUAGCAGCCUGAAGGAAUGUCCCAUUUGCAAUGCGGUCUUUAGCAAUAACAUCGGUUUGUCCAAUCAUAUGCGCUCGCACAGCGCCGCUGCACAAAAUAGCAUAUUGUCGUCAGGUGGCUUGAAUACUAGCAAAUCUACGCCCAGCGGCCUCACUAUAACACCAACACCACCUACAAAAUCCUCCACGCCACCAGCUAUGCAACAUCAGACAGCCGUACAAAAGGCGAUAUUUAAGCGUAGCCUAGAACAAGCAGCCGAUCGUCGUUUCCGACGCAUGCGUUGUCGGCUCUGUCAACGUCGCUUUUCUUCGAAGAAAUCCUAUCGUUUCCAUAUGCUUAACGAUCAUCAAAUACGCAAUGUACAGUUUAUUAAGUGUAAGCUAUGUGAUGCCGAAUUCGCCUAUGAGAAGGGACUGAAGGUGCAUAUGUUUAAAAUACACAAUACGCUGUUGAAGGAUGAGAUGAUCGUUAAGCAAUUUGAAUGUGAUAUUUGUUCGAUUGUGUAUCGCAGUGAGGAACAGUUGUUGCAGCAUAAAAAGAGUGUACAUGGUAGCGCAACAGCAAAUGCUGCACAGGCUGAUGAGACCUUUGGUGAUGAUACUUUCGGUGCCGCUGGUGGUGCUGAUACAAGUUCAACUGCAAAUCCAGCCGAUCGUUCGAGCAUAUCGACGCCGGUGAGUGGUGUGGGCGCUGAGCGCAGUACGUUGGAUACGUCUACGAGUGGUCCGUUGUAUUGGUAUCAAUGUAAAUAUUGUCCAUCGAACUUUAAUACAAAUAAAAAGUUAGCUAUACAUAUAAAUUCACAUGACGAAUUCGAUUCAAAUGAUUAUUCGUGCAAGGAUUGCGGCAAUGUGUAUAGUGGACGCAAGAGUUUAUGGGUGCACCGUUACAAAAAGCAUCCACAAUAUCCCGAACCUUCCGAGUGUGUACUUUGCAAGAAGGUCUUCUUCGACAACCAGAUGUUAGAGAAUCAUAUACCGACAUGCAAUCGUAAACCCAUUACAGCCACUGGUGCUAUGGCCGAAAACGCUGGACCACCACCCGUUUACAAGCAUAAGACGGGCGAUGAUGAUGACGACGCGUCACACGAUGCCAGUGGUGUAAUAACGACAAGCGCAUUGGGUGGUGGGGAACUGGAGAUAACACCCAUACCGGCUAGCGGCGGUCUGAAGAUUAAGUUACCCGAAGUAUCGUGUACAAUAUGUGGGCAACGUUUCACUGAUCAAGAGUUAUUCUCCAAACAUAUACAAAUGCAUGAAAUGGAAUUGUAUACGGAUAAUCCGUUGGCGGCCAUGUUUGAUACUGGUCCAGCGGAUCCGAAUCAAUUCUAUUUGGAUCGGGUGAAUGAUAAUGGCGAAUACGCCUGCGAUUUGUGUAAUAAAACGUUUACGCAAAUGACUGCACUUAAAGUGCAUCGUAAAUGGCAUUUCAGAGGUGAUAGCAAACAGAGCCAAGCCGACGGGGAUCAUUUAGCCAAUGCAGCAACGAGCCACUCCUCACAGAUCCAGACCAACCAUCGACAUCCACUGGGAUUACAAGCAGUGGGCCUUAUGCCCAACCCCCAUCAACACUCUUCAAAAUCCCUGAAACGCAAACGCGAACUUAAAUGUGAAUAUUGCCCCUCCACAUUCAUUAGUAACAACAACCUGCGUCGUCAUAUCUAUGAAUUGCAUAAAGAUGAAAUUGGCAAUUUGCCGGUGCCGCCGAAAAUCGAAAUUGAUCCGUACUUGCAAUGCCGUCGCUGCCAAGAGCAAUUCGAAACAAAGAACGAAUGGAUUGAUCAUAAGGUGGCCGAUGCACGUGUAACGAAACCCUUUGGACCCUUCCAAUGGGGUUGUGAUCUGUGCGGUGCAUAUGUUUCACGCAAAGAGAAAUUGAUUAAUCACAUCAACAAUCACUUGAAGGAGAAGGAAAUUGUGCCGGUAGACGACCCGCAGGAGGUCCAUGAUCAAAAUCAGAAUCAUGCAAAGGCCACAGUGACAGCGACGGAUGCAGGUACAGUUGCUGGGGAUGGUGGUGAAGUGAAGGUGAAGCGAGAAUUGGAUGUUGAUAAUAAUGAACAGUACAAUGAUGUAGAUAAGGAGGGAGAGGAGGAUUCCGAAGAGGAAGCUGGUGAGUUAGAUGGUGAAGCAGAGGAGGGAGAGGAGGAGGAGGAAGUUGAGGAGCAGCAAAAGGCGGUAAGUGAGGUACGUAAGCCCGAAGAAGAUUCGGACAUGGAAGAAGUCGAUGAAGAGGCUUCUGAAGAAGAAGCAGAUGAUGAAGAAUACGAGGAUAUGGGCAGCAUGAUGCAGGUCAAUAUGACUGAACGCGCUAGUAAUGAAGCGGCAGUAGAGCAGGAUGAUGAGGAUGAUGAUGAUGAUGGCGAUGGCGAAGGCGAAGGCGAAGAAGACGCAGACGCGGAUGAUGCUGAUGACAUCGAUGAAGAUAUAAAUGAUAAUGUUGCCACAACAAAUGGUCCGACUUAUGGUCGUGUGCCACCGGCGACAACAAAAGCGCAACCAAAUCGCAUAUCAACAGAUACAACAACUUCAUAUGAAGAUGACGACGAUGAUGACGACGACGAAGAUGAUGAUGAGGAUGAUAACGAUUCGGAUGCCGAUAGUGAUGUGGACACUGGCGAUAGCUCAUCGCAAGCGUCUAAAGCGCCAGCGCCGGCGCCCAAAGCACGCUUCUCUUGUGAUCUAUGCCGUUUGUUCUUCGAUUCGCAGCAGGAGCUGCAGAAGCAUGUGAAAAUGCAUUUCCUUAAUGGUCCCGGCUCGGUGUCACUAACCGAAAUCAAGCCAAAGACGGGCAAUAAGUCGAGCCGUAGCAGUAGUAGUGACGUUUUGGCGGUGUAGUAGUAGAAGUUAAUAAUCGCUGCACUUGCUACCUGCCAAUGCUAAAUAUUUAUAUUACAUACACUUAUUUAUAAUAAUUUCAAAUAGUACAUAUACCGUUAUUUUUCUUUUUUGUUCUAUAUUAUUCCGCUGAAGCGGAAAUGAAUGUUAAGUAUUUUUUUUCUCUAUUAGUUAUAUACGGUCUAAUUUAUUUACUUUGAAACAUUUUUGGUUGCAAAUUGAAUGAAAAAGGUUUUUGCUCGUUUUGAAUUGCCAGCAUAAUUAAAAAUAAAUAAUAUUAAAUGCAACUUUUAUUUAUAAUUUCUGUAAUCAAUACUUCAAGCA